AGACUCGGGCAUGCCAAUUGCUUAUGAAAAUGAGGGGGGAUCACUUUUAUAUAUUUGCCCGGAUAAUAUUUUAUUUUUUGAUGAGUUUAGGGUGGGUUGUAUUCCCUUCUCAAAAGUUGUUUUCUGCUGAUGGGUUGGUGUAACCUGAUCCAUGUCCUGGAAAAGAGUGCGUGCGUGUGUGUGUGUGUGUGUGUGUGUGUGUGUGUGUGUGUGUGUGUGUGUGUAAUUUGCUCUUGGUGCUAUGUGAAGCUGAAAGUUAAUGGGGGCGACAAGGAAUUGGGGGCAGCAGGCUAACCGUCCCAACCUGGAGCCUGCUCCAACCAGGUUGUGAGAUGCAAGGAGAGGUUUCUUCCUAAGACAGUUUUGUUAGUCUUAAAAGUUUCGCGAGUGUGUUUGCCAUCCUCUGCCUGCCAACCUGGAGCAAGGACUGUAAAGGCUGCUGUCUGAAGCGAGUUCCCGGGUGUAAUGAUCCCAGGGACUCUGGAAGGUGGGUUGUGAGCACAGGACCCCUGCAGCGCGCUGCCUUUGCACCUCUGUGCAGGCUGCAGCCGCAAAGAGCUGGCGUCAGUAGAGUCACUGCCACCAGUCUCCAUGAACUGGGGUGGGUGGAAAUUGUGGCAAGCCAAACUGUCCUCAGCUCUGGACACACUCGUGAUUAUGAAAUCAACCAGGCUCAAAGUUCUGAUGGAACUGCAGAGUCUUGAGCGCUGAGCGGGUCUCAGGUAUGGAUCUUUGGCGGGUGUUCUUAACCCUGGCACUGGCAGUCUCCAGCGACAUGUUUCCUGGAAGUGGGGCUACACCAGCUACUCUUGGCAAAGCUUCCCCGGUUCUGCAAAGAAUUAAUCCAAGCCUGAGGGAAAGUUCCUCUGGAAAGCCUCGAUUCACCAAGUGUCGUUCCCCUGAACUGGAGACCUUUUCAUGCUACUGGACAGAAGGGGAUGAUCAUAAUUUAAAGGUCCCGGGAUCUAUUCAGCUAUACUAUGCUAGAAGAAUUGCUCAUGAAUGGACCCCGGAAUGGAAAGAAUGCCCUGAUUAUGUCUCUGCUGGAGCAAACAGCUGUUACUUCAACUCAUCGUAUACCUCCAUUUGGAUACCCUACUGCAUUAAGCUUACUACAAAUGGUGAUUUGUUGGACGAAAAGUGUUUCACUGUUGAUGAAAUAGUGCAACCUGAUCCGCCCAUUGGCCUCAACUGGACUUUACUAAACAUCAGUUUGCCUGGGAUCCGUGGAGAUAUCCAAGUGAGUUGGCAGCCACCGCCCAGUGCCGAUGUUCUGAAGGGAUGGAUAAUUCUGGAGUAUGAAAUUCAGUACAAAGAAGUAAAUGAAACAAAAUGGAAAACGAUGAGCCCGAUAUGGUCAACAUCAGUCCCACUGUACUCACUGAGACUGGAUAAAGAGCACGAAGUGCGUGUGAGAUCCAGACAACGGAGCUUCGAAAAGUACAGCGAGUUCAGUGAAGUACUCCGUGUAACGUUUCCUCAGAUGGACACACUGGCAGCAUGUGAAGAAGAUUUCCGGUUUCCAUGGUUCUUAAUUAUUAUCUUUGGAAUAUUUGGAGUAGCAGUGAUGCUAUUUGUAGUUAUAUUUUCAAAGCAGCAAAGGAUUAAGAUGCUGAUUUUACCCCCAGUACCAGUUCCAAAGAUUAAAGGGAUUGAUCCAGAUCUUCUCAAGGAAGGAAAAUUGGAGGAGGUGAACACCAUCUUGGGCAUUCAUGAUAACUACAAACCCGACUUCUACAAUGAUGACUCCUGGGUUGAGUUCAUUGAGCUGGAUAUUGAUGAUGCGGAUGAGAAGACUGAAGAGUCAGACACCGACAGACUUCUAAGCGAUGACCAGGAGAAAUCAGCUGGUAUCCUUGGAGCAAAGGAUGACGAUUCUGGACGUACCAGCUGUUAUGACCCUGACAUUUUGGAUACCGAUUUCCACACCAGUGACAUGUGCGAUGGUACCUCGGAGUUUGCUCAGCCGCAGAAGUUAAAAGCAGAAGCUGAUCUCUUGUGCCUUGACCAGAAGAAUCUGAAGAACUCGCCUUAUGAUGCUUCCCUUGGCUCUCUGCACCCCUCCAUUACCCUGACAAUGGAAGACAAACCACAGCCACUUCUGGGCAGUGAAACUGAGUCAACCCACCAACUCCCCUCUACACCAAUGAGCAGUCCCGUGUCACUGGCAAACAUUGACUUUUAUGCCCAAGUAAGCGACAUUACACCAGCAGGUGGUGUAGUCCUUUCUCCAGGCCAAAAGAUUAAGGCAGGGUUAGCCCAGGGCAACACCCAGCUGGAGGUGGCCGCGCCCUGCCAAGAAAAUUACAGCAUGAACAGUGCCUACUUCUGUGAGUCAGAUGCCAAAAAGUGCAUCGCUGCGGCCCCUCACAUGGAGGCCACGACAUGUGUAAAACCAAGCUUUAACCAAGAGGACAUUUACAUCACCACAGAAAGCCUUACCACUACUGCCCGAAUGUCCGAGACAGCAGAUACCGCUCCAGAUGCUGAGCCUGUCCCAGACUACACCACGGUUCACACCGUGAAGUCCCCAAGGGGCCUUAUACUCAACGCGACUGCUUUGCCUUUGCCUGACAAAAAGAAGUUUCUCUCCUCAUGUGGCUAUGUGAGCACAGACCAACUGAACAAAAUCAUGCAGUAGCCUUUCCUAUCUUUAAUGGCAAAAGAAAUGACUGGGCACGAACGCCUAAACCAAAACUAUGUUUUAAAUCUGUGUUGGGAGAGCGUGAGAGUGAAUGUGGAUUCAAAAAUACCUUUUCUGGAAACGUCGAAACAUUAUCAUAACGUGGAAAAUCAAGAAUAUGUAAUCAGAUAGAUACUCCCAUUGUGAAUUUUAAAUAUUUUAAAGAAUCGUCUUUAAGACUGUUUAGUGGCAGUGAUUGUCUGUGCUGUGGGUCUUAACUUUGUGAUACUAAGUAUUAAAUAGCUACGUUUUUCAUGUAUGUAGAUCAUGCUUUUUUGAAAAAGCAAAACAAUCAGGUGGCUUUUGCAGUUCAGGAAAUUGAAUGCAGAUUUUAGCACAGACUGAUUUCUUUUUCCUUUUUAAAUAGCUAGGAGCUAAAACUCUAGGGGAGAAGGUAAAACUAGUUUGGAUAUGCAAAACAUUUAUUUUGACAUAAAAUUGAUAAAGAUAUUUUUAAUAAUUUACACUGUAAGCAUGAGUAUUUUAUAAUACACUACAGAUAUAUUGUAGUUCACAACAAUCCAUCUACGGAUGUAACAACUACAAUGUGUAGAGGGGUUGAUGCUUUGGUCAAUGAACCUAAAGAAAAAUGAACAAGUUAGAUUUUUACAAAGCCCUUUUUUAUAACUCCCAAAACUUCUUAAAUCUAAAAAUGUCUGCAUUAUUGGAACAAACCCAUUUUAAAUUUGUAAAUGAAUAUUUUUUUAAUUUUGAAAACUUUAAUUUUUUAUACAAAUUAACGUAUCAUACACCAAACAGUAACAGAAGUGAUUAUAAUAAUGGAAGAAACAGUUUCUUCACCAAAUUUCCAUUCAAGCCACAAGGCUGUGUGUAAGAGAAGUAGAAGUGAUGUGGUGUGACUGGCUAGGAUAAAGGAGAUCUUCAGGAGCACAUGGGUUUAGAGAGCCCAGGGAUCAGGAAAAGGAGGCUCUCACAUCUGAGCAGUGCUGUCCUUUCAAACACAGCUUGGCUUUUAUAGUAACCUAAGAAUUAAUGCAUACAAGGAGGAGUUUCACAUGUGUGAAAUCCAAUAGCAGAUGGGUUAAAGUUAAACAAGUUAUAGCACAGGAAAUUAAAGACCUAGAUCUUUGUUUCGCAGUCAGACACAUACUUUUAAUUCAGGGAGAAAAGGGACAGAAUAAAUGACUUCACAGUCACAAGGCACACCUCAGAAGUAGUUAAACAAGUAACAGAAACCUUGUUAUCAAACCUUUAAUAAGAUGUAUUUUAAAUAGUAAGCAGUAUUUCAUUGCUUCUUACCCUCCCAGAGAGAUUGAUCUCAAAUAAGGUAGGAAAACAAACAAUAUAAAAAUCACUUUAAUUAUGUAAUAACAUAGACACAGCUCUUUGGGUUAGCCCCCCAAAAGAUUUAUGAGAGAAGGAGGACUUUCAGCCAACUGAAGAAUACUUCUCAUUUUAAGCACUUUUUAGAUGCUUGAAACUUUAAAAUUACCUUUAACUUUCAAUGAUAUUUACCAUUUUGCAGAGACCUUUGUGGGGAAACAGGCUUAAUGUUUAGUGGUUUUUAAAUCUCUUUCAUGCAGGAGAGACAGUGAAAAAUUUAGACUUGGGUGUUUAAGGUUCACUGUGUUAUUCUGUAGUAGAUUUUAAUAGAUUUUUUUCUGCUACCUUGCUGCUAUGGUUUCCCCAAUGGCUACAUGAUUUAGUUCAUAUGAAGUAUCAUCAACUUAGAACCUAUUCAGCUUAAAGAUGUGUGUUUUGAUGAACUAUCUUACCAUUUCACCAUAGGCUGACCACGUUGCUAUAGCCAAAAAUAGCUAAAUACCUCAAUCAGUCCCAGAAUGUCAUUUUUGGUACUUUGCUGGCCACACAAGCCAUUAUUCACCAUGUGACUAGUUGUGUCCUGCAGUCUGUAUUUAACUUUCUUUUAUGUCUGUGGAUUUUUCCCUUCAAAGUUCAAUAAAUUUAUUUUCUUGGA